CAUGCACAUUGAAAAUCCAUUUUACUCCUCAAUAUAGACUCCAUACACUCAAACUAAUAUCGCACCUGUAGCUAAUAUGUAAAGAAAAGAAAUUGGUGAUUAAGCUAUAUGGACACUAUCAUCUGCCAAAGCAGGAAAUGGAGUAGAUCAAUUAAGAGAUGAUAAUUUGAAUACAUUUUGGUAGUCAGAUGGAACAUAACCACAUAAUAUAACAAUAUAAUUUCUAAAGAAAAUGAGAGUUUAGGAAGUUGCUUUAUAUUUAGAUUUCAAAUAAGAUGAAAGUUAUACUCCAAAUAAACUUUCUAUUAGAACAGGAACUAAUAUUCAGGAUAUGAAAGUAUAUUUGAUGAAUAGAAUUAGGAAGUAUAAUUUAUUGAAUUGAAAGAACCUUAUGGAUGGUAUGUAUUUGCACUUAAGACUAAAUUGCUAAAUGGUUAAGAAAAGUAAAAGCUGUAAUUAUGUUAGACCUUAUGUUUCUACGAUUAACAUCUAAAUAGUUGUAUUAUAGAAUUAACAUAGUGGAAAAGACACACAUAUCAGAUAAGUAAAAAUAUUUGGACCAAGAGAGUAAUAUAUUUAAAUUUAAUAAUAUUUUAGGAAACAAAAUCAAGGUUUGAGUUUUCCAGACUUUAAAACACCUGAAAUUACUUAAUAUGCUUCAAUUCGUUGA